AUGCCAGAAGUAGAGAACGAUAGCUGUUGUUCCAUGAGUACAAUGGAAGAGGUAACACCAUGCCCGGUUCCACCAAUCAAAAAGCGCAGCCAGCGGAUGGUCAUCAAGCGAUGGCUCAACAUGGAGACAGCAUGCGAGGGCGAACCACGAACAAUUCCCCUGGGGUGUGCGCCGCAUGUUUGGACUGCGGCAGGCUAUCCUCGGAAUGCGGUCAAUAACCGCCGGUACUCCAUUAUCACCUUCUUGCCACUCUCUCUGUUCCACCAGUUUAGGCCGUUCUUCAACAGCUUCUAUUUGUUCCUAACCCUUACACAGUUUGUGGAUGCGUUGAAGGUUGGUUUCCUUUUCACGUACAUCUCUCCACUCGCAUUGGUGGUGAUUCUCUCGCUCAUUAAGGAUGCAGUGGACGACAUCCAGCGUUAUCAAAGAGACAAAACAAUCAACGAGGAGAAAGUGGAAAAGCUGCUGCUCAAUGGUGAAGUUAGCGUCAUAACUGCGGCCGAGAUCCAGGUGGGAGAUAUACUUAUUCUGCACCAUGGACAGCGCAUCCCCGCUGAUUGUGUGUUGCUUCGAACAUCCGAGGCAUGCGGGACGUGUUUCAUUCGAACCGACCAGAUGGAUGGUGAGACCGACUGGAAGUUACGUUACGCGCUGAAGGGGACUCAGACACUCAAUAAUGUUUCUCUCAGCCAGUUGCGGGCGAACAUACGAUGCGAACCCCUGCACAAGGAUAUCUACAAGUUUGUUGGCGCGUUUGACAUCCCCGGGAAAGAGUCAGAGGCUAUCUCAUUGCAAAAUACACUUUGGGCCCACUGCGUGGUGGCCUCAGGCACACUUGCCGUCGCUGUGCUGCAUACAGGGGUCGAUACACGCAGCGCAAUGAACCGUUCCAAGCACUCCACAAAGGUUGGACUCAUUGAGCAUGAACUAAAUUACCUCGGUGUGUUGUGUCUUUCUGUGUUGGUACUGAUAUCGUUUCUGCUUGUGGUGCAACAGCACUUCGAGGGAAGUUGGCUGACUAUGUUCUUCCGGUUCCUCAUUCUUCUGUCGAGCAUAAUACCCAUUUCUAUGCGGGUGAACGUGGAUGUGGGACGUAUUUGGUAUGCGUAUGUUAUUGGGAAAGAUGACAAAAUACCCGGCACAGUUGCGCGUAACACAAACAUACCGGAGGAACUUGGGAGGCUGCAGUAUCUUUUCGCUGAUAAGACUGGGACACUGACGAAGAACAUCAUGAACUUUCGCUUUAUCCAGGUGGGCAGUGAUACGGUGCUGAAUUACCACGAAGUAGAUCGCUUCCAGAGCAGCAUAGCCGCGUACUUUGGGGAGAAUUAUGUUCCCAGAGGGACCAAUACAGUGGACAGCGGUAAAAUAAACAGUCACUCGACGCAGCGAAACUUCACACGGGACGUGACCUCGGUUGGUGAGGCCAUUGUCUCUCUUGUCCUGUGCCACAACGUAACGCCGGUGGUGGAAGAUGGUUGCCUUCAGUAUCAGGCAUCUUCGCCGGAUGAAGUCGCCUUUGUCAACUUCUGCAGGUCGCUGGGCGUCACCCUCACCCACCGGGACGUCACCUGCAUGCAGUUUACCACACCGGGUGGGAGGUUGGUACAUUAUGACAUAAUCAAAACGUUCCCAUUUACCUCUGAGCGCAAGUGCAUGGGAAUCAUUCUGCGUGAAAAGGUUGACAGCGAGAGCGUUUCAUGCGGAGCAAAUUCUGACGGUGUGUACAAAUAUUUCAUGAAGGGCGCGGACUUUAAGAUGACCUCUGUGGUUAGAUCUUCCAGUUGGCUAGAGGAGAGUUGCCAAGAGUUUGCACAGGUUGGCCUUCGAACGCUCGUCUUUGCCCAACGGCAGCUGACAAAGGAACAAGUGGACACUUUCCUCGCGCGGUACGAUGAGGCAAAUGCGGACUUGAGCGAGGCACGGGACAGUUUACUGGACGCGGCCAUGGCUCUUAUUGAACGCGAUAUGAAACUGAUUGGUGUGACAGGCGUGGAAGAUGAACUACAGGACGAUGUUACUACAUCGCUCGAGACACUGGGAAUGGGUGGCAUCAAAGUGUGGGUUCUGACGGGAGACAAGGUGGAAACGGCGAUUACAAUUGGCCGAGCCACUCGUCUGAUUCCACGGCACGGCAAGAUCGAGGUGAUGUCAUGCCGCACUGAGGAGGAAACUCAGAGAUAUUUGGAUUCCCUCUAUCUUCAAUACUAUAAUUCGAUGAACGAUGCACCUCUCGACGUACCUUGGACGCUUGUGUUGGAUGGCGGUCGCCUCUCCAUGUGUCUCACCAAAGCCACAUCAAAAACCUUUGUGCGGGUGGCACGAUUAGCCUACUCUGUCAUCGUAUCCCGCUGCUCUCCUACGCAAAAAGCAGAGGUUGUACGGACUAUGAAAAAGUUUACAUCGAGGAACAUACGCACAGCGGCCAUUGGUGAUGGUGGAAACGACGUAGGGAUGAUACUUGCUGCGGAUGUGGGCAUUGGUGUUGAAGGCGUUGAAGGAAAGCAGGCCAGUAUGGCGGCGGACUUCUCCAUUGCAAAGUUUUCACACUGCGUGCGACUCAUUAUGUGGCAUGGUCGAAGCUCUUACCGACGCACGUGCAAUAUGAGCCAGUUCGUGAUACACAGAGGUAUGGCCUAUUCAGUUGUGCAGGCCUUUUAUUCGCUACUUUUCGCUGGCACCUCCAUGUCCGUCUUCAAUGGGUAUCUUCUUAUGGGAUAUUCCACCAUUUUUACGAUGGCUCCUGUGUUUGCCUUGGUCCUCGAUGAGGAUGUGAAGGAAGGUGAUGUUCGUGAAUUUCCACAAUUGUACAAAGAACUAUUGAAGUCCCGGUCAAUGAAUACGCGCUCGUACCUGCAGUGGUUGUGGAUCUCUGUGUUCCAGGGCGGCACGAUGAUAUAUCUUGCUCUUGCUCUAUUUGGUAAGGAAAUGUUUCAGAUCACAACUGUGGCGUACACAACACUGCUUCUGACCGAACUCGUCAUUGUAGCGGGCACUCUGCAUCUCAGAAUCCUGUGGACACAGCGCCGAAAGCACCUUUACUACUUUGUGGCAGCCGAAUGCUUCUCGAUUGUCACUUUUCUAUUGGCAGUUUUGCUUCUUCCAGACAUGAUUGAUCAAGAUUAUUUAUUUUCGUGGAGCUGUGCGUGGCAAGUGUUUGUGAUUUCUCUUGCGAUUGUGAUUCCAAUCUACCUUAUACGCCUAUUGGACACUUACAUUUUGUCCAACGCGCGGAUGAAGUGA